AAUCUUGCUGAUAGUAUGAUUUAUGAUUUUUGACACAUGUACUGGGUGAGAAUUAAAACAGGGUAUGAGAAAGGGAAAGAACAGGUCUAAGCAGUGUCUGGAACGAGGUCUCUUCAAAACACGAUGCAACACUGGCGACGACUAUCAAGUAUCAAACAACACAGAGAACAGCAAAUCCACCAUCGUUGAAGCACCAGCAGCACCAGCACUGCGAGGAGCCAGUUUUCUGAGCGUUGAUCUAGAGUUUGAGCUGGGCAUGUGACCUGGAGAUGCGGCUGGAUCUGGAAAAGAAGCAGUUGGGAGGCAAAGAGAGAUUAGAGGAGGCAACGAGAUGGACUACCAGAACAGAGUUGGGUCGAAGAAGGGCAGUGGUGGUGUGGCCACUGCCAGCGAAGAGAAUGCCCACCGGAGAGAGAGAGUGAGGCAGUUGAUGUCCAAUCGAAUCGACGUCGACAGCGAUCCCUAUGUCUUCAGGAACCACUUGGGCUUGCUAGAAUGUAAGUUGUGUUUGACGACUCAUGUUUCUGAGGGAUCCUUUUUGAAUCACACCCAGGGAAAGAAACACCAGACGAAUUUGCAGAGAAGAGCAAACCAGGACCCUAAAUUCAGUCAUGUUGAUCUGGUAAAUGCAGCGAUAAAAUACAAAAGCAAAAGUGGUUUGGGUAACAAUUUACUAUCCUAUUCGACUGUUCCCAAAAAGAGCUUUGCGAAGAUUGGUAAGCCUGCGUACAAGAUAACUAAAAUAAGAGAUCCAAUUAGCUACGAAAUCGGGUUGCUUUUUACCAUACAGUUCCCCAAAUUGAAGAAUGAUAUAGCACCAAAAUAUCGGAUGAUGAGUUGUUUUGAACAACAGGUUGAUUUGCCAAUCAGUAAAGAAUACCAGUAUUUAGUAGUUAGCGGUGAACCAUACGAAAAUAUUGGCUUUAAGAUUCCUAGUAAAGAAAUCGAUAAGGACGAAGACAAAUUUUGGUCAUUUUUUGACAAAGAUACAAAAGAAUUUUUUAUACAAUUUUUUUUCAAAAACAAGUCAGACUAAUUGUAAAUUACGAAGCUAAUAAGCUGUAAUCCAUAAUUGUAAUUUUGUAAUUUAUAAUUCGUAAUAUAUAAUAUAUUUUACAAGAAGAAAUUUGUAAGUGC